AUGGAAUUGUCGCCACCUGUAGAAAUGACGCCAUUAGAAAAUAAUGGCAAACCGAAAGAACAUAAGGGAGAAGACAUACCAUAUGAUAGGAAACAUAAAAAGCAUGGGACAAGAAAGACCGCUAAGCAGUUUUGGAUAUUCAAUAUAUGUUUUUUGCUGGCUUUUGCGCCAUACCUCUCGAUUACGGGCUUACAAAGCAGUAUUAACAUCGAGGAAGGCAUUGGAACACUUUCCUUGGGAGUCGCUUAUGUAUCGUCAAUUUUUGUUGCUAUAUUUAUAACUCCCAUUGCUAUCAGAAGAUUAGGAUCACACCGUGCAAUUGUUAUUGGAGAAUUGGGAUAUUUGAUUUACAUUUUAGCUAACUUUUACCCCAGUAAGUAUUCUCAACCAAGUCCAUAUAUAUAUGCCUAUUUGGUUACAUUUGCUUCUUUCUGUCUUGGGUGUGGUGAGGCCUUGGUGUGGACGGCAUUACCUAUGUAUUUUUGGCAUUUCGGGUAUCAACAUGGGGAGUUUGGAACGAAACCAUUUGAAUCAUAUGUUUUGAAAUAUAAUGGCCUAUUUUACGUGAUGUUUCAAUUGGGUCAGAUUUUUGGCAGUUCCGUCAGCUAUGGCGUAUUAUAUGGAUUCAAAGAUAAAACAAAAGAAAUAUCUACAUCGUACAAUUCAUCCACAGAUCUUUUACAAGAAAACGAAACGGACUUGAAACCUCACCUUCAAUAUCAAUACUGUGGAGCAAACGAUUGUCAAAGUUCCAAUGUUAUCAGCGAAAACAUUGAUAGCUACGUUCCAUCCGACCCAUACUCACUGUAUAUCCUAAUUUCUAUAUUUUGUGCAAUGUCUCUCAGUGGAAUUUGCCUUCAUUUUAAAUUUCUUCCGAGAGCGAAGUCAAAGCCACUAGAAGUUGAAUCUAAUGAUCAAGACUUGUACGAAAAAAAAAUUACUGACGAUGCAAGUGAAAUCAAUAUCCAGUGGAAUAUGCGUGGCUUUCAUAUACGGUGAAAUGAAUCGAGCUUACGUUUCGUGUGUGCUUGGGGUUGAGCAAGUGGGAGCUGUAAUGAUUGUUUACGCAUUUGUCAGCGGCUUUAUGUCAGCAUCAUCGCCAAGAUUAAUCUCCAAAUACGGUAGAAAUAUUGUAAUGAGUAUCGCAUGCUUGAUAGACAUGUCAAACUUUAUAUUCUGUUUGCUGUGGAGGCCACAGGAUGAUACAAAGUACCUUGUCUACUUGGUUUGCGUCUUUUGUGGCCUUUCCAAUGGAACGUGGAAGAAUUGCUGCAUGGAUUUUUACACUCAAUAUUUUCCGCAUAAUCAAGAAAUUUCUUUCACAAUCUGGAAUUUUUGGAUAACGCUUGGAAUAGCCGUUGCAUACUUAUGGAGUCCCCACUUAUGUGUCAGUGUAAAACUUUACAUUGAAAUCGGACUUCUUAUAUUCGCUAUAAUGUUCUAUGUGGGAGCGGAGUAUAUCCAUCAUAAAGAGAAGAAACUUGUUGAAAAAAAGAAGAAUAAUCAACAUUCAAUCACUGCUAACAAUAAAAACAGCUAAAAAUUAGUAUUGAAAUUUUGUUGCAGUCGUCACAUAAACAUUUAAAACAAAUAUCCCGAAGCCGCAAAAACAAAGCUUAAACACUAUACCCUCUUCAGAAACCAGAAAAAUAUUGACAAUUGGGAUAGGCUACGUUGUAUAAAUGUGGGGAGACUGUAGACUAAUAAGAGCAGGGCAGAUUUUGGAAAUGUGUUAAGUUGUAGGCAAGAUUAAAAGUAAAAUUAAAAGAUGACACCGUUCCGACAUAGAGGUUUAAGUAUUUUUCUAAAGCUACAAUUACAACAAAACAACAUACCGUAGGUAGUAAAUAUAAAAAAUUUGGUCAAAUACUGCAAGUCUGCAAUUCAAAAUAAUAUGAAGUGAAUUGAAACAACUUAAAAGCAAAUAGGUACGCAUUUUCAUGACUGCGCUAAAUGAUAGAACUAAACUUUGUUAGAGGCAUGGCUGUGGA